AUGUCCGCCAUGACUCCAGAGAAGACCGGCCUGAUCACCUUGCGUGGAUCCACGGACACCGUGGUGGAGUUCUUCGGCUACGCCAUCAACAGCAUUCUGUACCAGCGUGGGGUCUACCCACCAGAGAACUUCACUUCGGUGGCCAAGUACGGAUUGUCGAUCCUCGUGACCAAAGACAAAGGCCUGCAGGAGUACCUGGGCGAGGUCCUGAAGCAGCUGCGGGGCUGGAUGAUGGUGAGCCAAGUCAAAAAGCUGGUUGUUGUCGUGGCGUCGCAGGUGACGGAGGAGACCCUCGAGCGCUGGACGUUCGAUGUGCAGGUGAACGAUGGUGCCACCACCGCGUUGGCAAUCCCACAAACGCAGGCUGACAAGGUCCGGGAGCAGAAGGAGAUACAGGUCACUGCGACUGUCUUCGUGGUCCAAACACGCCAGUUUCCACGGCCGACUACGCAGUACUUUGGGCUUAAGCUGGAGGGUUUUAGAGGUAUGCUGAGACAUGCCGCCAUGCGGCGCGUGUGCCCAUCAUCGACUUGUGCUCUGUCGCAGAGAAGCGUGGGCAGCGCUGGUCUGCCGUUAGCGAGACUGCACUUCCUGACCCCGUUCAGAACGUUCUAUGGCGGUCCUUCUCCGCGCUGGCCAGCCGCAGGCUACGCUGCCACGUCCCUCGUCGGCCAAAGGCGGUGGAGUUCGGCGAUGCCCGGUGGCUGCCUGGAGAACUACCUGCAGCUCAAGGCUUCAGGCGACAUUCAGGAAGACCCCCGCCAGGAAGUCUGCAUGAAGAUGCUCGACGACCUCGCGAAGGACUUGAUGAGCUAUUCCCCCAAGAUGACCCGGGCUGCCAAGCCCACCGGGCCGGCCCCCAGUUCCUCCGGUGGUGGUGGCGGCUUCUUCGGAGGCCUUUUUGGAGGAAAAGCCAAGCCAGCAGCCAAGGCUCCUGCACCCAAGGCCGAGGUCUCGCUUAAGCCGGCACCCGGCCAGAGAGGGCUGUACUUGUGGGGAGGCACAGGAACUGGCAAGACCUUCAUGAUGAAUAUGUUCUACGACAAAAUCAAUGUGAAGGAGAAGAAGCGAAUCCAUUUCCACGAGUGGAUGAUUGACGUGCACACAAGGCUGCACAAGAAGCAAAAGGGCAGCAGUGCGAACAGGGACAACACUGCCGACGAUUUGGUGGAACAGGUGGCAACGGACAUGAUGAGGGAGGGCUGGCUGCUUUGCUUCGACGAGUUUCAGGUGACACACAUUAGCGAUGCUAUCAUCAUGAAGCGCAUCUUCUCUGUGCUCUUCGAGCUGGGGGCCGUCGUCGUGGCAACUUCCAACCGCCCUCCACAGGACCUGUACCUGAACGGUCUCAAUCGCCCUCUUUUCCUGCCUUUCAUUCCCAUGCUUGAAGACUUUUGCAAAGUACAUGACAUCGGUGCAGAGGUGGACUACCGAAUGACCUCCACGCGCGAUGGGGAGGACGACCGAGUUUACAUUACCCCGAAUGGAUCUGCCGAGCAGAAAAUCCUGGAGUAUAAGUUUGCCAAGAUAUGCCAGGGCAAGUUCCGCACCGGUGCACAGGUGGAGGCCCAGGGGCGCAAGGUCCUUGUGCCCCGCUGUGCAGAGAUGUCCGACGUAGCUUGGUUUGACUUUUCCGACUUGUGCAACAAGGCUCUAGGAGCAGCAGACUAUCUGGCCAUCGGGCAUGCUUUCCAUACAGUGUUCUUGGCAAACAUCCCCAAACUAACCAUGCAAGAGCGCGAUCAAGUGCGACGCUUCAUCACUCUCAUCGACUCUCUUUAUGAGUGUCAUACCAAAGUGGUCUGCACAGCAGAGCUCGAUCCGAUCCCGUUGUUCUACGUCUCUGAGGAGGAGCGAAAAACUUCAAUUGCAGAUGAGAUUUUCGCUUGGGAUCGCACGGUUAGCCGGCUCAUGGAGAUGCAGUCCACCACCUACCUGAGUGCAGCCUCCCGGUCCCUCAGCAGCGAGCAGUUCCUUGGGCAGUACAAGCUCAAGAGCCUUUCGGACGAGGACUUCAAGGAAAUGUGGAGGCGCUAUGACCAAGAUGACAGCGGCCACUUGGACAUGGACGAGCUCCGGCUCUUCUUGGAGGAUCUUUUGGAGAAGCAGCAGGGACAUCGGAAUCUUUCCGACGAGUUGUUCGAGAUUUGCCGCGAAGCUAUCGAUGCAAAUGCCGAUGGCGAAGUGAGCUUCGAAGAGUUUCAGGAUUAUUUGUCUGACUACUCAACGAUCGAGUCUGCACUCGGCGGCACAGUGGUGCUCCGGAAGAGGCCAUGCCUGAGCAAGCGCAUAACUUCAAGAAUCCUGGCUCCCAAGGAAAAGCCGGUCACCAACCGCAUCACACCUUUCGGCAAGCAGGACACCGCAACUGAGCUUCAAGACCAGGCUUCGAAGAGCCAGGACACGUUGGUUGAUGCCGUAGAGACGGCCGAAGUGGCUGAGAUCAAGCGGGCUGUGUUCCGCGCGCUGACACGGCUGCGUGCUGCCACCAUCAAGGAGUUCGACACAAUUGCACGUCUUGAAACCCAGUCGAUCGACGCCUACAACGAUGCGCACCACUACCGCUCGGAGAACCCCCUGGCGCACCUUCACGAGGACGAGGCGCCGGUGCAGACGGACAAGCUGAAGCAGGGGGCUCGGCGCCCCGGCCGCCAAGACCUCACGGACACCGACGUGCCCGAGAAGGGGUCCAAGGAUACGCUUCGCUGUGGGCGGCGGGCUUCCAGAUGUGCUGCAGUCUUGCGGCAAGGUGUGAAGAGGCGCUUCGGCCAACUUCAGGACGAGGAAGAUGUCCAGAUGGUGGAUCUUGCUGAUGAAGGCAAGAGCCACUUCCUGACAGACUCAGAUUCGCCUCAUACGCCGACUCCACGCUCAGUCAGCCUGGAGGUACGCUCCUCGGGUCGCAGCGUCAUCUUCGUCAGGAAUCGAAACUCCAAGCUUCCUCCUUUAUCGCCUUCCUGCGGCGCCUACCAGGGAGACGAGGACUAUGCUCUCUUUUUCGGGGAGCACUUCGAUCACCUGUGCAAGGGAGAGGCCAGGAUGCUGCAGCAGCCGGCGCACUUCGAUUAUGCUCCGAUCAUUCCGAAUGACCAGGACCAACUGAGAUUUUUAAGCUUACUGGGCUCUAGGCUUGCAGAAAUCAUGGCCUCUUCAGCUGUGCAAAACAGGAUCGAGUUAUGA